GUUGAAGCGACGCUGACCUUCACCCCUGCAUUCCGCACUCCAUGCACCAGUCCACGCGCACGCGGCCGCUUGGCCGACAGCAGCUACAACGUCUACGUCGGCUACGGGAGGCCAACGACAAUGCGGUACGUGAGGAGCAUCUGAACCACAGCGGAGGUGUCCCUUCCUCCCUCUACGACGUCCAGCAGCCUGAAGACCCGCUCGCAUCUCGCACUGUGGAUGUUAUCGUACAAGAGCGACUGCAGAGCAAAGGAAACGUCUCUACGUCUGCUCGACUACGAGAUAAAGUGGCGGCUUCUCGUCGGGGAGUACAGACAGAGCGCAGCGAGAGGCCAGGUGAUGAUGAGCUGCGCCCGACAAAGCCGAAGACGAAGAGAGAGAUAGUUGCUGUUAGGAGAAGAGGACGAACUCCAGACGAGAAGAGUGACAGUAGAAGACGGAUGGGGAAACUGGAAGCUGAAUGGAUGGAGAAGAAGCUGCAGUACAAGACGAGGGUGGCGACGUUAGAGAGAGAAUGUAGGAAGGCAUGGCAGGGAUUCUUCGCUGGUGCGGGGGCUUCGACUUCAUCUACGGGGUUUGUAUCUCCUACUGAGGUGAAUAAGUUGUUUGAAGAGAUGGAGACGUUAAGGGAGGAAGAUGUACAUAAGAUGAAACAUCAGUUAAGUAAACUGAGUAGCAAGCUGAACGAUGUACAAAUGAAGGUCGAGGAGAUCGCGAAUGGAGACCAUUUUUUCUCGGAACUCCAGGAAAGGAUUGAUGCGAUGGAAGCGGCCUUAGCAAAGUUUCGACUGGAACAACUACAGCAUUUUGAGGGGUAUGUGUUAGAAGAAAAAGUGCUUGAGAAAGAACUGGCAGCGUUUAUGGAGAAGAUGGAGAGUUGGGAGAAUGAACCGCAGUUAAGUCGAGGUGGUGCCAGUUCAACGUCUUUGGGAUCGAGGUGGGCGCAUCUGAGCAGUAAGAGCUCAUCUAAUUUGCAUGCUCUCACUUCUCGAGGGCAAAGCGAAAGAAAUAAUGGCGAUGAGAGCGUUAAUUGCAGCGGUGGGAACCAAGAGGAGGAUCAAACAGUAAUCACAGGUACUCCAGAUGAGAUUGGCAUGAUAAAUCGGGUGCGUCGGUUGAACGAAGCAAUACUUCGGUCGGGUGGAUUAAUGGGUGGCUGGGAUAACCGAGAGCAUGCAACAUUUACCACAUUGCUGGUAAAAUGCGGUCUCACUGAUGAUGUAUUACUGCAGCAUUCUCUCCCCGAAGACUUGAAAACUCACACGCUGCGAUAUAGUACUUCAAACCAAGAUACAAAUCACGAGGGGCAAACUCAGACCAAUAGCCAGAGCGAUUAUGAAACUCGAGUAGCGCGAUUUCUUCGAAAAUGUAUGCGGAAGAUUGUCACUCAGACAGAUAGCUCGAUACGGUCGCAUUUUGAGUGGUACCUUCGACACCUCGAGCUUGUAGAAGAGAAAAAGGGCGUGAUCCAGGGUUGGAAAAUGAGAAAGGAAGAAGAACGCCAGCAAAUUAUUCAGUGUGGUUUUGACGCCGACGGAAACGUGCUUGGUAGCUUUGAUGGACCAGAAAACAGUCGUGACGCUUCCUCUCGCGAACAGAGCGACAGAGCAAAGCAGAAAUCACGAGAAAAGACCGAGCGUUUACUGGAACAGUGGAAACGAGAAAAGAAACAGAAAGAAGAAGAACAGGCACAACGAAGACGAGAGCUACAAAAGAAGCGUGACGCAUUAGAAGCAAAGGUGAGUGGAUAAGGAUAAUUGCCAAUGUAUCGUAUUACUAGCUAAAAUCACCCUUUUAAUGUUACUAGCG